AAGAAUUGAAGUACGGAGAGGAGGAGGCGCCGGUGGGAUUUUGUUUAACCAAUUGGUUGGGCAGUGGAAAAGCUUUAAUUUUGAGGGAGUUUGCUCAUCUACUUCACCGACCCAUCAUCCGUUUUCAUAAAUCAAACUCUCUAAACCCUUUAAAACCCAAGUUUCUACGCCCAAAAUCUUCCCCAUUCAAACAUGGAGGAGCUUCAUUGCAUUGAGCACCUUAAAUCCCAGCCCUUCUGGGUUUGCUUCCUCUUCGCAUUGGGUUCUCUCUCCGCUCUCAAACUCUCGGUAAUCCUUCUGAAAUGGAUCUAUGUCAAUUUCCUCCGACCCCCAAAGAACCUCAAGAGAUACGGCUCCUGGGCGCUCGUCACAGGACCCACUGAUGGAAUCGGCAAGGGUUUUGCCUUUCAAUUGGCUCGCAAAGGCCUCAAUCUGAUUUUGGUGGGUCGGAACCCUGAGAAACUCAAGGACGUUUCCGAUUCAAUCCUCGCUAAAUACGGCAGCAUCCAAGUAAAGAACGUCGUCGUUGAUUUCUCCGGCGAUGUUUCAGAAGGGAUUAAGAGGAUGAGUGAAGCUAUUGAAGGGUUGGAUGUUGGUGUUUUGAUAAACAACGUGGGGGUUUCGUAUCCGUACGGGAGGUUUUUUCACGAGGUGGAUGAGGAGCUUCUGAAGAACUUAAUCAAGGUCAAUGUGGAAGGCACCACGAAGGUGACUCAAGCUGUUUUGCCUGUAAUGUUGAAGAGGAAGAGAGGCGCCAUAGUUAAUAUUGGUUCUGGUGCUGCCAUUGUCAUUCCUUCAGAUCCCUUAUAUGCUGUCUAUGCCGCCACCAAAGCGUACAUUGAUCAAUUUUCAAGGUGUUUAUAUGUGGAGUACAAGAAGAGUGGAAUAGAUGUGCAAUGCCAGGUUCCUUUAUAUGUUGCUACUAAGAUGGCAUCAAUUCGGAGAUCGUCCUUCUUCGUUCCCUCGACCGAUGGAUACGCAGCUGCAGCUCUUCGGUGGAUCGGGUAUGAGCCUCGCUGCACACCAUAUUGGCCUCAUCAACUUCUCUGGGGUUUGGCGUACUCGUUGCCGGAGUCUGUUGUCGAUGGUUGGUGCCUGAAGUUUUGCCUUGGCAUCAGAAAGAGAGGACAACUCAAAGACUCCAUGAAGAAAGAGUAGGAAGACGCUUAGUUCUAAUUUGUGGAGAACAAAGAACCUUUCCCCUUUCCCCUUCCCCCUUCCCCCUAGUGUCAGUUGAAAUUUGGACUAGAAGCAUGCUAGAUUUGAAUGUCUCGAGUUUUUUUCUUCUUUGAUGACCUUUCAGUAUAUUUCUAAAAUAUAUUCUUCCUGUGAAAGGAAAAAAGAACAAAGAUAAUGGAUGUGCUCCAUUUGAUUCUUCUUAUCCAG